AUGGGACGAAGAAAGCGAUUCAUUUACAUCUUUCGUCGUCCGAGCUGUGCCAUCUUUCCAAUUGCUAUAGACACUGGAAAUGAAGGCAGAGUCUUUCAUGUUGCCAUUACCUGGAGACAUCUUUCCUUUAUCGUAGAACAGUCGUUUAUGUAUGACAAAAGAAAUACGGUAGCUCUAUUUGCUUGUAUAAUUUUUGCUUACGUACAUAAUAUUAUUGUAUUGUUUCUGGUUAGCGCACUGCUAUGGACUUCAUAUGGAAUAAUGAAAAGUGAUUACACCGUUACUCUUGUCAACGCUAUUGGACUACUUCUACAAUCGACUUAUGUUGUGGUUUAUUAUGGAUACACAAUUAACAGGGAAAAAGUUAAACGUCAACUGCUUGCAACUGUUCUGGUAGCCGGUGGCAUUCUAUCAUAUGUGAAAUAUAUUGGCAUGAGCUCUGAAGAAUGGGCGCUGUUUCACUUGGGAGUCAUUUGUAAUAUUGUUACAGUGGUUAUGUUUGGUUCUCCACUCGCUUCUAUGGCAAUGGUAGUUCGUACGAAGUCAACAAAGUCAAUGUCUUUUCCAAUCUCAACUGCUAUGGUUCUUGUUGGUGGAAUUUGGCUAGUCUAUGGAGUACUGGUUGGAGAUCUAUUCAUUGAAGUUCCAAAUUUUUGUGGCGUAGUCCUUGGCUUAAUACAGCUGUCGCUGUUUGCUUUGUACCAAAAGACAAGUGGCAAUACUUUGUCAGUAUAGAUCAUAUGACUGUAGGUAUAGUAAAAUGGAGUGUGUUGUAGAAGUCAAUUGCUGUUUCACAGCUAACUGUUGCUGAAUCUGAAAUAUUUGACAUCUGCUUGCUUACACGCAGCAUCCUGGAUUCUCAGUAGUUGAUAUUGAAUCAGAUUGUAAUACUUACUUUAGGUGUAAUCAAAUUUAUUUCCUAGUUUGAUAUUAGAAGUGACGACCUGGCAUCAGCUACUGCAUGUUGAUAAUAGCAAUUUAAUAUAAGAAACUUUAACGUUUGCAGUUAUCAACUGCACUCAAUGCAUGUA